GAGAGAGAGAGAGAGAGAGAGAGAGAGAGAGACUGACAGAGAGAGAGACUGACAGAGAGAGAGAGAGACUGACAGAGAGAGAGAUGCUGUGUGUGUUGAUGGUGCUGUGCUGGUCGUGGGGUGUGUUGGGGUACGGGCGCGGGGACAGAAGGACUCAUCGGGGGCAGGACUGUGCCCUUCUCCGUGUCAGUGUGAGGAGGAUGGCAUCUUUGUUCUGGCGGACUGUUCUGAACUGGGACUAUCAGCUGUACCUGAAAACCUCAGCCAUCUAACUACUUACCUGGAUCUUAGCAUGAACAGCAUCAGUGAGCUGCAACCCAGAGUCUUCCACAGCCUGCACCUGCUGACAGAACUGCGUAUCUCAGGGAACCGGUUAAGGUACAUCUCUGGCCUCGCUCUCCAUGGUCUACACAAUCUCAAAGUGUUGAUGCUUCAGAAUAAUCAGCUGGAAAGACUUCCCAAUGACAUUCCAUGGAAUCUACCCAACCUGCUGUCUCUGCGUCUGGAUGCUAACCUGUUAUCUGAGGUACCUGCGCGGUCACUAGGUGGUCUUAGGUCUCUAAGACACCUGUGGUUGGAUGAUAACAGUUUAACAGAGAUCCCUGUCUCUGCUCUGGACUCUCUGCCGGCCCUACAAGCUAUGACCCUCGCUCUCAACCAUAUCACUCACAUACCUGACCAUGCAUUUAGCAACCUCUCAUCACUGGUCGUACUUCAUCUCCAUAACAACCAGAUCCAGACGAUGGGAGAGAGGUGUUUCCAAGGUUUGCUCAGUCUGGAGACACUGGAUCUGAACUACAAUGAUCUACCAGAGUUUCCUACAGCCAUCAGGACCCUGGCAAAGCUUCAGGAACUUGGGUUCCACCACAACAACAUCAGAGCGAUCCCUGAGAGAGCCUUCAUGGGAAACCGCCAGCUACAGACCAUUCACUUCUAUGAGAAUCCCAUCCAGUCUGUGGGAAGAUCCGCUUUCCAGUUUUUACCUAAGCUCCAUACACUCUCCCUAAACGGGGCGACCCAGAUACGAGAUUUCCCCGACCUGAAAGGAACCACCAGCCUGGAAACACUGACAUUGACCAGGGCUGGUCUCUCUACUCUUCCUCAGCGGUUGUGUCAGCAGCUACUCCGCCUCAGAGUACUUGAGCUGUCUCAUAAUCAGAUAGAGGAUCUUCCCAGCUUCUAUCACUGCUCUGCCCUGCAGGAAAUAGGCCUGCAGUAUAACCAAAUCAGGAGGAUUGAGAGGAAUACCUUCCAGCAGCUCAGCUCUCUACAGUCUCUAGAUCUCAGCUUCAACAGUAUUGAGUGGAUUCACCCUGAUGCCUUCAUUUCGUUCCAUUCUCUGACCAAGCUGGACCUGAGUGAGAACAGUCUGACAUCACUUCCUGUGGGUGGUCUGGGGGGACUGACCCAUCUGAAGCUGAAAGGAAACAUGGAGCUCUAUGAGGACUUCAGCCCUGAACUCUUCACCCGCAUGAGGGUGGUAGAGAUGCCGUAUGCGUACCAGUGCUGUGUCUACGGGUCAUGUGGCAGCUAUAAGCCCAUCAGCCAACCGGAGACUGAGCAGAGCAGUGAGGAGGAGGAGCUAGACCAGAGGACCGUCGCCCUAUACCCCAUCCACACAGACACACUCUAUGACCCAGACCUGGAGGAUCUCCAGAUGGAGAUACAGGAAUCUAAACUACAGACUAACAUCCAGUGCUCACCUGUACCAGGUCCGUUCCGGCCAUGUGACUCCCUGCUAGGCAGCUGGUUGGUCCGUGUGGGUCUGUGGUGCGUCUCCAUCGUGUCUCUACUUGGGAACUCUCUCUUGCUGCUGUCGCUCUUCAGUUCGGCGGGCUAUCUCUCCCCGCUGCGGUUCACCACCGCCUGCAUGGCCGCUGCCAACCUCCUCACCGGCGUAUGCACAUGCACGCUCGCCCUCGUGGACGCCCUCACGCUGGGAGAAUUUGGACGCCACGGUGCCCGCUGGGAGUCGGGUCCCGGUUGCCAGGUGACGGGGUGGGUGUGGGUGUUUGCUUCCGAGGCGAGCGUGCUGCUGUUGACCCUGGCGGCCGUGCAGUGUGGCAUGAGCGUGACGUGCGCACGGGCCUACGGAAAGGCGCCCUCACACGGGAGCGUCCGAACGUGCGCGUUCUUCUGCCUCACCCUCUCUCUCACCCUGGCAUCCCUCCCUCUGGUCAAUGUGGGGGAGUACGGUUCCACCCCUCUCUGCCUGCCCUCCCCCUUGCAUCCCCCCUCCUCCCAUCCACCCUCCUCUCUAGGCUUCCCUCUCUCUCUGAUCAUGAUGAAUACACUGUGUCUGCUGAUAGUGACAGUCUCCUACAUCCGUCUGUACUGGGAGCUGCUGAGAGGAGAGUGCGAGGGGCUGUGGGACUGUAGCAUGAUUAAGCACAUCACCUGGUUGAUCUUCAUCAACGGUCUCCUCUACAUCCCAGUGGCCUUCCUGUCUCUCUGCUCCUUGCUGGGGCUGCUUUCUCUGGGGGAGGAGGUGCUGAAGUCUGUCCUGCUCCUUCUACAACCCCUCCCCUCCUGCCUCAACCCACUCCUCUUCCUCCUAUUCACCCGAGACCACACCCACUUCUUGUUCUGGCCACAUCCCAAGGCACGCCCCCAGUUAUACCGGGACCGCACGCUUGAAGACUCGCUGGUCUCUGUGGACACAGAGAAGAGCUUGUGUUCUGAUUUGUCGACGCAGGUGUCACUCGCCGAGGCUGACGCCCUCUACGUUGGAAGCCCCGCCCUCCAACCCCGGAUGGAUCCAAUCAGAUUAUCCCACUGCUCUUCUUCCGCCUCCUCCUCGGUUCCUCUGAUCCCGUGUCAGACACCUUCCCCCAGCCUGAGAGAAAGAGAGAUGGAGAGUGAAAGAGAUAUGGAGAGCGAGAGGGAGGCAGAGUGGUAAGGGGACCAUUACAGGAGACCAGCAGCAGGGGCUUUUGAAAGUGCAUCAGUCCUGGAGAAAGCAUCAUCAUUAGUGUCAGCAUCCCUCCACACAGAGACAUCCUACAACAGUAUUGAAGAGUCUACUACUAAGUAUAUCACUAAGGCCUCAAUUCAAUCCAACCUGAAUUAAGGUAUUUUCACAGUAGCUCUUUUUCCAAAGAUCAAAUGAACUCACAGACUGGUCUUGGGUACUGUAUAAAACCUACAACUACUAGCAGGGUGACCAGACUGGUCUUGGGUACUGUAUAAAACCUACAACUACUAGCAGGGUGACCAGACUGGUCUUGGGUAGUGUAUAAAACCUACAACUACUAGCAGGGUGACCAGACUGGUCUUGGGUACUGUAUAAAACCUACAACUACUAGCAGGGUGACCAGACUGGUCUUGGGUACUGUAUAAAACCUACAACAAGUAGCAGGGUGACCAGACUGGUCUUGGGUACUGUAUAAAACCUACAACAAGUAGCAGGGUGACCAGACUGGUCUUGGGUACUGUAUAAAACCUACAACUACUAGCAGGGUGACCAGACUGGUCUUGGGUACUGUAUAAAACCUACAACUACUAGCAGGGUGACCAGACUGGUCUUGGGUACUGUAUAAAACCUACAACAAGUAGCAGGGUGACCAGACUGGUCUUGGGUACUGUAUAAAACCUACAACUACUAGCAGGGUGACCAGACUGGUCUUGGGUACUGUAUAAAACCUACAACUACUAGCAGGGUGACCAGACUGGUCUUGGGUACUGUAUAAAACCUACAACAAGUAGCAGGGUGACCAGACUGGUCUUGGGUACUGUAUAAAACCUACAACUACUAGCAGGGUGACCAGACUGGUCUUGGGUACUGUAUAAAACCUACAACAAGUAGCAGGGUGACCAGACUGGUCUUGGGUACUGUAUAAAACCUACAACUACUAGCAGGGUGACCAGACUGGUCUUGGGUAGUGUAUAAAACCUACAACUACUAGCAGGGUGACCAGACUGGUCUUGGGUACUGUAUAAAACCUACAACUACUAGCAGGGUGACCAGACUGGUCUUGGGUACUGUAUAAAACCUACAACUACUAGCAGGGUGACCAGACUGGUCUUGGGUACUGUAUAAAACCUACAACAAGUAGCAGGGUGACCAGACUGGUCUUGGGUACUGUAUAAAACCUACAACUACUAGCAGGGUGACCAUACUGGUCUUGGGUACUGUAUAAAACCUACAACUACUAGCAGGGUGACCAUACUGGUCUUGGGUACUGUAUAAAACCUACAACUACUAGCAGGGUGACCAGACUGGUCUUGGGUACUGUAUAAAACCUACAACUACUAGAAGGGUGACCCCCCCCCCCUCCACACAGGUAUGUUUUCACUUUUCAGAAUAUUGUCAAAUAAGACACAGCCUAAACAUUGCUAUGACAGAUUUGAAUGAAUCCCAGCCUUAGUGUCCUUAAUAGUCAAUAAGUACACACUACUAUGUGUCCUACUGCCAUCACUAGUCACCAAGGGUAGCAGAGGAUAUUAUAUAGAUAUUCCAACAAAUCGACUAGGAUUCAUUCAAAUUAAAUGUCCCAGAUGUUCACUGUCAACUCUGUUGAUUUGAUUGAAUUCCAGACAUAUUACCAGCAGAUGUAUGACUGAAUGAAUGAUCGGUAGCCUGGGUCCCUUCAGACUGUAGAGUAGUGCCCACUCCAAAAUAGACCCCUGAACACUUCUCCCCUCGCCAAUGCUCAGGGCCCUUCACAGACUGUAGAGUAGUGCCCACUCCAAAAUAGACCCCUGAACACUUCUCCCCUCGCCAAUGCUCAGGGCCCUUCACAGACUGUAGAGUAGCGCCCACUCCAAAAUAGACCCCUGAACACUUCUCCCCUCGCCAAUGCUCAGGGCCCUUCACAGACUGUAGAGUAGCGCCCACUCCAAAAUAGACCCCUGAACACUUCUCCCCUCGCCAAUGCUCAGGGCCCUUCACAGACUGUAGAGUAGCGCCCACUCCAAAAUAGACCCCUGAACACUUCUCCCUCACCAACCCUUCAUUCAGAUGUUAAUGUAGAUCCAUUUGAUGUAGGUGGACUUUCUGGCCAUAUGGUUUACACUUAUCUAAUCCUUUCAGACGAGUAGUGAUGUAUAGGGGACAGGGAACAGGGAUUAUCUAGAGGUUCUGGUGUACAGUAGACUAGCUAGCUGG